AGAGCAGGGUCAGAUGGCCCUGAUCCAGGUGCAAUUUACGCAGCUGAACUGGAUACACCCACUACCUUCUUUUCAGCCUGGGGGGCAAACUCAGGUUGGUGUGACCUUUACCAUUGUGUUUGGAAUCAUUCUGUACCGGAUCUCCACCAAGGCUGCCCUGCACAUGAGCUCCAGCCCCACCACCCGCUCCAACGUGCGUCUGACGGUCCUCACCACCGCGGCCACCAUUAACCUGGUGUCCAUUCUCAUUCUGGACGAGGUGUACGGGAGAGUCGCUCGCUGGCUCACUGUCCUCGAGGUGCCAAAGACUGACAAGAGCUUUGAAGACAGACUGAUCUUUAAGACUUUCAUCCUGAAGUUCUUCAAUGCUUUCACCCCCAUCAUUUACAUAGCCUUCAUCAGGGGCAGACUGGUUGGUCACCCUGGAACUUAUCUGUAUGUUUUUGAGUCAUACCGGAUGGAGGAGUGUGCUCAUGCAGGCUGUUCGAUGGAGCUCUACAUCCAACUCAGUAUCACCAUGCUGGGCAAACAGCUGAUCCAGAACAACCUUUUUGAGAUCGGCAUCCCCAAACUUAAAAAGUUGAUCAGGUACAUAAAAUCAAAGAGGAGCUCCUUCCAGGAGGAGGAGAGGGAAAAAAAACUCCAGCGCUAUGAAACCGACCACUUCCUGGAGCCUUUCGCUGGCCUCAGCCCCGAGUACAUGGAGAUGAGAAAUGCAUUUGUGAUCUCCUUCACAUCAGACUUCGUCCCACGGCUGGUCUAUCAGUAUAUGUACAGCCCAGAUGGUUCCAUGCACGGGUUUGUAAACCACACCCUGUCCUACUUCAACGUCAGCCACUUCCAGGAGCGCAUCAAGCCCAUCGAACCCCUGCAAUUAGGCUUCCAUGUGGACAUAUGCAGAUACAAAGACCACAGGGAGCCGCCGUGGUCCCAGACCCCCUACCAAAUAUCCAAGGAAUUCUGGGCUGUGCUGGCAGCCCGACUGGCCUUCAUCAUCAUCUUUCAGAAUGUGGUGAUGCUGAUGAGUGACCUGGUGGACUGGUUGAUUCCAGACAUCCCUAAGGACAUCAGUGAGCAAAUACAAAAGGAGCAGGUCCUGAUGUUGGAGCUGUUCAUGAAGGAGGAGCAGAGGAAGCUGCAGGUUCUGGACCUCAUGAGCCAACACCGGAAUGUCAAAGAUACCUGCAGCAACUGCAGCCUCAGGCUCCGCCCCUCCUCUAGCCCGGCCCCGCCCGCACACCCCAGCACUCGCCCCCUGCCCACCAGUCCACACAUUCCUCCCAAUGAGAGCUGA